AUGGAUCAACAGGUGGAAAACCAAAGUGAGCCUUUCAACACGGACACUGUGACUCUGCCGGCGAAACUUAUCCUCGGAGUAGGGGUUGAUAACUUUAUUUCUCUUUUGGUAUUUGGGCUCAUUUUUAUCCUUGGAGUGCUUGGGAACUCUUUGGUGAUCACGGUGCUGGCGCGCAGUAAACCGGGUCAGCCCAGGAGCACCACCAACAUCUUCAUCCUGAACCUGAGCGUGGCGGACCUGUCCUACCUGCUCUUCUGCGUCCCCUUCCAGUCCACCAUCUACAUGCUGCCCACAUGGGUGCUGGGAGCCUUCAUCUGCAAGUUCAUCCACUAUUUCUUCACCGUGUCCAUGCUGGUCAGUAUUUUCACCCUAUCAGCGAUGUCCGUGGACCGUUAUGUGGCCAUCGUCCACGCCAGGAAAUCCUCUUCGAUCCGGGUGGCGAGGCAUGCCAUGCUUGGAGUGGUCCUGAUCUGGAUCCUGUCCCUGGUGAUGGCAGCUCCCGUUGCGCACUACCAGAGCAUCGUGGAGAGGGAGGACAACAACACGUUCUGCUGGGAGGUCUGGCCGGAUCACCAGAGGAAGGUGUACGUGAUGUGCACCUUCGUGUUCGGAUACCUCCUGCCCCUCAUCCUCAUAUCCGUCUGCUAUGCAAAGGUUUUAAACCAUCUUCACAAAAAGCUGAAGAAUUUUUCCAAAAAGUCAGAACUCUCCAAGAAGAAGACGGCUCAGACAGUCCUGGUGGUGGUGGUGGUUUUCUGUCUGUCCUGGUUGCCUCAUCACAUCGUCCACCUGUGGGUGGAGUUCGGCUCCUUCCCCCUGAACCAGGCCUCCUUUGUGUUCAGGAUGGUGGCUCACUGUUUGGCCUACAGCAACUCCUCUGUCAACCCCAUCAUCUACGCUUUCCUGUCUGAGAACUUCCGAAACUCCUACAAGCAGGUUUUCUGGUGCCGGGCGCCGAGCGAGUGUCCACUGAACGACACCAGGGACCUUCGCAGCAAAAUGGAGGCAGCGCUGUCGACUAACAUCAGUGUCACUUAUAAAGGUCAUGACUCUCAGUGCACCAAAAUGCUCUGAUGUCACUGACGGGUAUUCAUUAAUCUGCAAUUGUCUAUGUAGAGCCGGACAGAUGCUGGAUAUUUGAGGCUGAAACUAAAAAAAAAAUCUGCAACACA